AUGGUGUGGGAUCACUUCACCACCGAGACCGAUCAGCUACCACCUCCCAAGAAACGUCAGAGUUCUUCUGCCAAUGUCCCUCUUGAUCAAGACCACUGCAACCAUGAGAUGUCAAAGAUGAUCAUCAUGCAUGAUUACCCUCUUCGUGUGGUCGACCAUUUUGCUGGUUUCUUGAAGGCUCUUCGUCCCCAGUUCAGUAUCCCAAGGUUAGACACCAUUCAUGAUGAUUGUGUCUUAAUGUUCUUGUCACAAAAGCAGAAACUUUCAGACAUCAUUGCAAAGAUUCCAGGGGGAGUUAACCUUACAGUAGAUGUCUGGUCAUCAAAGCAAUCAGUGGGUUAUGCCUUUGUGUCCGGACACUUUGUUGAUCAAGACUGGCACUUAACUCAACUCCUUCUGAAUGUAUCCGUAGUUGCUUCUCCUGAUUCAGAUUCUGCGUUGAACCAACCUCUCAAAGCUUGCUUGUCUGAAUGGAAACUGGAAGGGAAGGUUUCAAGCAUCACUGUAAACAAAAACUGCAUUGAUAAUCUCAGAGGUUUCUUGUCUGUCAAGAACCAGCAUGUGUUGAACGGUCAGUUGUUAAUGGGGGAAUGCUAUGCUAAGAUUCUAAGCAGUAUGGCUCAAGAAGCACUUGGGGAUGAGCAGUUGAUAAAGAAAGUCAGAGACAGCAUCAAGUUUAUUAAGACGAAUGAAGCUUGUGGAGACAAGUUUGAUGGACUGAAGAAACUCUUUCCAACUGAUGAUCAGUACAAAGAUCUUAACGUUGACAACAAAACCAGAUGGGACACAAGUUACAACAUGUUGUUGGCUGGUUAUGAACACAGACAACUCUUGUCUUGUUUGGAAACAUGCUAUCCUGAUUACAAAAUAUCAUCAAUAUCUCCUCAAGAUUGGAGAAAGAUUGAUGGUCUUUGCUUGUGCUUGAAGGUUAUUUUCCAAGCGGGUAACGUCUUGACAAGGCCAAAGCAUUUGACAGCAAACGAGUUGUACCAUGAGAUGAUUAAACUUCAGCUAAAGCUGAGCCAUGCAGCUAUGUGUGUAGAAGACUUGGAUGUUGGAAACCUUGCAAACUCGUUGUGGGAGAAGUUUGAUCUGUACUGGAGAGGAUGCUUCUUGGUUUUGGCGGUUGCUGUGGUCAUGGAUCCUCGGUGCAAGAUGGAGAUUAUUAAGGAUAACUUCACUGAGUUGUAUGGUGAAGAAGAUGCUGAAAAAUGGAUCAAGACUGUUAGUGAUGCUGUCCAUGAUCUGUACAUUAGCUACGGUGAACAAAACCUGAUGGAUGCUAAUAUGGAGGUGGCUCAAGAACCUGAGACAAGUCCACAAGUAGAGCAAACCACAGAGUCACAUCAACAUGAGGGACAUCAUAAGGUAGAGAAGCAAGACCACAUGGGUGAUGUGCUUCUCCAGGAAGGGACUACUCUAGUGACAAUUGGAGACUCUUUGUCAGACUUUGAGAUUUUCCUCACGGAGCUGAACCGAUACUUAGGUGAAACGUUGGUUGUAGGGUCAGAAGACUUUGACGUUCUGAGCUGGUGGAGGGUCAACAGCACUAACUACCCUAUCCUCUCUAAGAUAGCUGCAGAUAUUCUACCCAUUCCUUGCAGCACCGUCUCACCUGAUUCCGUGUUUGACACGGAAGUGAAAGAGAUGGACAGUUAUAGAACCUCUCUUUCUAGUGGAACCUUGGAAGCUCUCUUGUGCACCAAGGAUUGGCUCAAAAACCCAGAAACAUUAUGA